CUACGCCUUGCGAUGUGUGAGGACUGGAGAAGACCCCGCAUCAGUCAGGCACCACCACCACCACCUUUUUAGUUGCUGCCUCCAGCGUCCAGCCACCCUCCCCAGGACAUCCACCCCGCAAGUUUGGCACCACCACCUUCUCAUCACCUAUCCAGGACCAGGAUCGACGACGAGGAAUCAAGCAGCCAGCAGCGACCGAUCGAGACGCAGCCCUGUGGCUGUGCCGCUGUGGGUUGGAUCCGGCCGAUUCGACAGCACGCGGCACCUACGGAUGCCCCACGCACCCGUCUCCUGAGAGAACUCGAUCGAUUGCUUCAUGGGGAGCGGCAAGGCGUCGUCUCCGCCAGGCCCCACUGCCGGCGGGCGCGGCUCGCCGCCAGGUGCCGCCGUCUGCUGCAUGUGCGGCGACCGCGGCCUCCUGCCCGAGCUCUUCCGCUGCUCCGCCUGCUCCGUCCGCUCCCAGCACACAUACUGCACGGAUCGGUACCCGAAGGUGGAGUCAUACGGCGUCUGCAACUGGUGCCUCAGGGCGGACGGGGGCGUGGCUUCUACUUCUAACUCGCCGAGAUCCGCCGGCAAAGCGGUUGUCCAGCGCCCGGCUCCUCACGGCGGUGACAAAAUCGGCAGCGGAACAUCACCCAAGGCUGCCGCUCGUGGCGACUUCGCGUCUUCCAACCUGAGCAAGCCUAUCAAGAAGCAGCCGCAGCAGCAUGCGCAGAGGCUGUUGCUGCGGCGGUCGGCGUCGGACCUCGGCAGUCGCGUCGUUCGUACCGACCACGACGCGCCGCCUUCGCCCGGCGUUACUACGCGUGGCAGGCCGAGGGUCCGGAGGUACAAGCUCCUGGAAGAGGUGAUCACUAGCUAGCUAACUAGCCGUACCCGGGGCGUGUGUGUUGUGUAUUAGGUGUAAAAUUAAAUAUACGUGCGUUUAAUUUGUGUAUAUAUAUCUACUUAGCUACAUCUAGGGGUAGACACGGCAUCUCUUGCGGUGCUGCCAUGCAUGCAUGGAGAUCGAGCAGUGUGUACGUAUGUACUACGUGCUGAUCAUCUCAGGCGUUAAUUCAUCACCAUGCAUCAGGGUGCUCGCGUCGUGUUGUACUUGUACAUGAGGAAUAAUGUAGUGCUUGCUACCGCGCAGUUCGAUCA